AUGAACUGGGUCCUGACAGUGUUGGCGCCGAAGGAGGUGCCAGUAAGGACCCUCCACGAGAUGAAGACCCUGGCUUCCUCCCUCGACAUGACCGCAGCCGGUCGAGCGCACUCGGCAGCUCAGCGUCUCAAGGCCUUGGAGUUGUCGUUGACCGACACGACCUGGAACAGGGCUCAAUUUUUCGAGCUUCUCGACCCGGAAGGCCCAGCACUCCUCGAGCGCGACGAACGUCGAAGGAAUGGGACGAGGAAACUCCAAGGCGGCAAAGGCCACGGCCUGUCCAAGGGAGGGCAGAAAGGCGAGGAGAAGACUGGAGGGAAGACCGAGACGAAAGGAGGGAAGGACGGAGAUCCGGCCACCAGCAGCAAGGCCACCAGCAGCAAGGCCACCAGCAGCAAGGCAGCGGCUCACCGAGGAUUUGCUCCACAUGUUGAACCGGGGACCCUUGACUUUGAGAUCGGCUACCUGGGCGAUAGUGAUGACGAGGGUCUCCCCACGGGGAAGGCAGGCAGCGCUUUUGCGACCAGCCUUAUCAAUGGGCUGUCCAUGAAACUGGCGCAAAAAGAUCCGGACCGUGAUGUCUUGCAAGUCGGGCAGUUGACGGCCGUGAUGGCCGAGAAGGACAGCUCUUUGGUCCUCGAUUCCGAGGACCUGCAGUCGGCCUUCAACCUCUUCAAGCUCCCCUUGGACUGGGCAGCCGUCCGCCACAUGGCUCACACCAUAGCCAAGCUCCUUCCUUACGGGGACGUGAGGAAGGACCGGGAGCUUGCCGAGGCCGAGGACCACACCAUUUGCUAUCUUGACGACUUUCAUGAUACGGUAUCUCAAGAAGGAGAUAGCUGA